CGGCAGCCAUGAUGAGCUACACCAUGCACUCGGUUUUCUUCACUCUGAAGGUGAGCAUCCUGCUGGGGUCUCUGCUGGGGCUCUGCCUGGGCCUGGAGUUCAUGGGCCUCCCCAACCAGUGGGCCCGCUACCUCCGCUGGGAUGCCAGCACACGCAGCGACCUCAGUUUCCAGUUCAAGACCAACGUCUCCACGGGGCUGCUCCUCUACCUGGAUGAUGGCGGCGUCUGUGACUUCCUCUGUCUCUCCCUGGUGGAUGGCCGUGUGCAGCUCCGCUUUAGCAUGGACUGUGCCGAGACCCACGUGCUGUCUAACAAACAGGUGAACGACAGCAGCUGGCACUUCCUCAUGGUGAGCCGCGACCGCCUGCGUACGGUGCUGGUGCUUGAUGGCGAGGGCCAGUCCGGGGAGCUGCAGCCCCAGCGGCCCUACAUGGAUGUGGUCAGUGAUUUGUUCCUCGGCGGAGUCCCCACGGACAUCCGACCUUCUGCCCUGACCCUCGACGGAGUACAGGCCAUGCCUGGCUUCAAGGGAUUAAUCCUGGAUCUCAAGUAUGGCAACUCAGAGCCUCAGCUUCUGGGGAGCCAGGGCGUCCAGUUGGAUGCUGAGGGACCCUGCGGUGAGGGUCCCUGCGAAAAUGGUGGAAUCUGCUUUCUCCUGGAUGGCCACCCCACCUGUGACUGUUCUACCACUGGCUAUGGUGGCAAGCUCUGCUCAGAAGAAAUAAAGUUUGGGGUUCCAUGAGCACUAGAGGUGGUGCUUGCUCCUACAGAUAGAGGAAAAACGUGUUGCAUCUCUGUGGCAAAACCACUUACUAAAAAAGAUAGUGCCUGUGAUGGGUUGUCCCAUUUGAUCACUGGAGAUACAGGCAAAAACAAAAACAAGAGAGAGAAUGUGGCUACUUUCCGAGGCUCAGAGUACCUGUGUUACGACCUGUCUCAGAACCCAAUCCAGAGCAGCAGUGAUGAAAUCACCCUCUCCUUUAAGACCUGGCAGCGGAACGGGCUCAUCCUGCACACGGGCAAGUCAGCUGACUAUGUCAACCUGGCUCUGAAGGAUGGCGCGGUCUCCUUGGUCAUUAACCUGGGGUCCGGGGCCUUUGAGGCCAUUGUGGAGCCAGUGAAUGGAAAAUUCAAUGACAACGCCUGGCACGAUGUCAAAGUGACACGCAACCUCCGGCAGCACUCAGGCAUCGGACACGCUAUGGUAAACAAACUACAUUGUCUGGUGACAAUCUCUGUGGAUGGCAUCCUUACUACGACGGGCUACACUCAGGAGGACUACACCAUGCUGGGCUCAGAUGACUUCUUCUACGUGGGAGGAAGCCCAAGUACCGCUGACUUGCCAGGCUCACCCGUCAGCAACAACUUCAUGGGCUGCCUUAAAGAGGUUGUUUAUAAGAAUAAUGACAUCCGUCUGGAGCUGUCUCGCCUGGCCCGGAUUGGGGACACCAAGAUGAAAAUAUAUGGCGAAGUUGUAUUCAAGUGUGAGAAUGUGGCCACACUGGACCCCAUCAACUUUGAGACCCCCGAGGCUUAUAUCAGCUUGCCCAAGUGGAACACCAAACGCAUGGGCUCCAUCUCGUUUGACUUCCGCACCACCGAGCCCAACGGCCUGAUCCUCUUCACUCACGGCAAGCCCCAAGAGAGGAAGGAUGCUCGGAGCCAGAAGAACACCAAGGUGGACUUCUUUGCUGUGGAACUCCUCGAUGGCAACCUGUACCUGCUGCUUGACAUGGGCUCGGGCACCAUCAAAGUGAAAGCCACUCAGAAGAAAGCCAACGAUGGGGAAUGGUACCACGUGGACAUUCAGCGAGAUGGCAGAUCAGGUACCAUAUCAGUGAACAGCAGGCGCACGCCAUUCACCGCGAGUGGGGAGAGCGAGAUCCUGGACCUGGAGGGAGACAUGUACCUGGGUGGGCUGCCGGAGAACCGUGCUGGCCUCAUCCUCCCCACCGAGCUCUGGACCGCCAUGCUCAACUACGGCUAUGUGGGCUGCAUCCGCGACCUGUUCAUCGACGGGCGCAGCAAGAACAUCCGGCAGCUGGCGGAGAUGCAGAACGCUGCGGGCGUCAAGUCCUCCUGUUCACGGAUGAGCGCUAAGCAGUGUGACAGCUACCCCUGCAAGAACAAUGCUGUGUGCAAGGAUGGCUGGAACCGCUUCAUCUGUGACUGCACCGGCACCGGCUACUGGGGAAGAACCUGCGAAAGGGAGGCGUCCAUCUUGAGCUACGAUGGCAGCAUGUACAUGAAGAUCAUCAUGCCCAUGGUCAUGCACACCGAGGCAGAGGAUGUGUCCUUCCGUUUCAUGUCCCAGCGAGCUUAUGGGCUGCUGGUGGCCACUACCUCCAGGGACUCUGCUGACACCCUGCGUUUGGAGCUGGAUGGGGGGCGCGUCAAGCUCAUGGUUAACUUAGACUGUAUCAGGAUAAACUGUAACUCCAGCAAAGGACCUGAGACCCUGUAUGCAGGGCAGAAGCUCAACGACAACGAAUGGCACACUGUUCGGGUGGUGCGGAGAGGAAAAAGCCUUAAAUUAACCGUGGACGAUGACGUGGCUGAGGGUACAAUGGUGGGAGACCAUACCCGCUUGGAAUUCCACAAUAUUGAAACUGGUAUCAUGACUGAGAAACGUUACAUCUCCGUUGUCCCCUCCAGUUUCAUUGGCCACUUGCAGAGCCUCAUGUUUAAUGGCCUGCUCUACAUUGACUUGUGCAAAAAUGGCGACAUUGAUUACUGUGAACUGAAGGCUCGUUUUGGACUGAGGAACAUCAUCGCUGACCCUGUCACCUUCAAGACCAAGAGCAGCUACUUGAGCCUGGCCACCCUCCAGGCCUACACCUCCAUGCACCUCUUCUUCCAGUUCAAGACCACCUCAGCUGAUGGCUUCAUUCUCUUCAAUAGUGGUGAUGGCAAUGACUUCAUUGCAGUUGAGCUAGUCAAGGGGUACAUACACUACGUGUUUGACCUCGGAAAUGGUCCCAAUGUGAUCAAAGGCAACAGUGACCGCCCCCUGAAUGACAACCAGUGGCACAACGUCGUCAUCACCCGGGACAACAGUAACACCCACAGCCUGAAAGUGGACACUAAGGUGGUCACUCAGGUUAUCAAUGGUGCCAAAAAUCUGGAUUUGAAAGGUGACCUCUACAUGGCAGGUCUGGCCCAAGGCAUGUACAGCAACCUCCCCAAGCUCGUGGCUUCCCGGGAUGGCUUUCAGGGCUGCCUGGCCUCAGUGGACUUGAAUGGGCGCCUGCCAGACCUCAUCAAUGAUGCCCUCCAUAGGAGCGGACAGAUCGAGCGUGGCUGUGAAGGACCAAGUACUACCUGCCAGGAAGAUUCAUGCGCCAACCAGGGCGUCUGCAUGCAGCAGUGGGAAGGCUUCACUUGUGACUGUUCCAUGACCUCGUAUUCUGGAAACCAGUGCAAUGAUCCUGGCGCUACGUACAUCUUUGGGAAAAGCGGAGGCCUCAUCCUCUACACCUGGCCGGCCAAUGACAGGCCCAGCACACGCUCUGACCGCCUUGCCGUGGGCUUCAGCACUACUGUGAAGGAUGGCAUCUUGGUGCGCAUCGACAGUGCUCCAGGCCUUGGCGACUUCCUCCAGCUUCACAUAGAACAGGGGAAAAUUGGAGUUGUCUUCAAUAUUGGCACAGUUGACAUCUCUAUUAAGGAAGAGAGAACCCCUGUAAAUGAUGGUAAAUACCACGUGGUGCGCUUCACCAGGAACGGUGGCAACGCCACACUUCAGGUGGACAACUGGCCCGUGAAUGAACAUUAUCCCACAGGCAACACUGAUAAUGAACGCUUCCAAAUGGUAAAACAGAAAAUCCCCUUCAAAUAUAACCGGCCCGUAGAGGAGUGGCUGCAGGAAAAAGGCCGGCAGUUAACCAUCUUCAACACCCAGGCGCAAAUAGCCAUCGGUGGAAAGGACAAAGGACGCCUCUUCCAAGGCCAGCUUUCUGGGCUCUAUUAUGAUGGUUUGAAAGUACUGAACAUGGCAGCUGAGAAUAACCCCAAUAUUAAAAUCAACGGAAGUGUCCGGCUGGUGGGAGAAGUCCCAUCAAUCUUGGGAACAACACAGACAACCUCCAUGCCACCAGAAAUGUCUACCACUGUCAUGGAAACCACCACUACAAUGGCUACUACCACAACCCGCAAGAAUCGACCCCCAACUAAGUGUCCAUGCUCUGAUCCAACAUCAGAUGACCUUGUUUCAUCUGCUGAAUGUUCAAGCGAUGAUGAAGACUUCGUUGAAUGUGAGCCGAGUACAGGUAGGUUAGCAAACCCCACGGAGCCGGGAGUCAGACGGGUUCCGGGGGCCUCAGAGGUGAUCCGGGAGUCGAGCAGUACAACAGGGAUGGUCGUCGGCAUUGUGGCUGCUGCCGCCCUCUGCAUCUUGAUCCUCCUGUACGCCAUGUACAAGUAUAGGAACAGGGACGAGGGGUCCUAUCAAGUGGACGAGACGCGGAACUACAUCAGCAACUCGGCCCAGAGCAACGGCACGCUCAUCAAGGAGAAACAGCAGAGCUCGAAGAGCGGCCACAAGAAACAGAAAAACAAGGACAAAGAGUAUUAUGUGUAAAAAUGACACCGCUAACAAUACGUGAAUUUAAAACACAGAAUUAUUUAUAUAUAAAUAUACGAAUACUUGGGAAAUGAGAUUUAACAGAUGUCAGAACUGUUAUAACUAUGAGACGGGGUAUAUACCAUGACUGUGGUGGGGAAAACCAUUUUUAAAAGGACACACAUAAAGAUGUACCUACCUAUAAUGUUCAGCCAGGGCUGCUUUGAUUCAGUCAUCACUCGGAGACAGAACGUUCUUUCUGCCCUGCUGUAUCAUAAAGCACACACUUUGCGCUCUGGAGCAAGCUGGUGGCUCCCCCACUUUCGAAGACUUGGAAGCUUCCUUCUCUUGAGAACCUUUCACCCAAGGUAGAAGACUUCAUGGCUUACUUGUUCCAUAACUCCAAGUGAGUCUGUAAUGAUGUUUGUGAAGCUUGACUGUAACAAUGUUUUUCUUUUGGUUUAAUUAUGUAAAAAACAAAAGCAAAAAAAAGAAAAGAAAAAAGUUAAAAACAAACAAAAAAAAACACCCUUAUCUGGUUCUGGCCAGUGUGCGUGUAACUUUUCAAGAUCUGAGGGGAAAAAUGGCUUUGGGUUUUUGUUUAUUUUUUGAGAGUGACUGGACAUAAGAAAAAGAAAAAAAAAAAACUCAGAGAAAAAAGUAAGAGAGACUAUUGCCAUAUGAACUCAAAAGCUACCAUGGUGUUCACUCUACAUAUCAGGUUGUGGUGUUUCUAGAAUCUGUUGUUUGUUUCCUAUGAGAUGCUUUGCUGAAAACAUAGCAAGAUCAUGUGAUGGAUGAUAAUAUUGAUUUGAAAAGCUUGUCCCUCAGGAUCUAAUUCCAGAAUUGGCCACCCAAACCCUGAACAGAUAGGGUUAUGGCUGGUUUUAUCAGAGCUAUUGGCUUUGCUUAAUAAUAUAGUUCCUGUCCAUUAGCCCAGCCAAAUUGUGGUAAAGGAGAAAACCCCACAAACUCACAC